AUGGAACGAAGAGAAAGUGGAGGUGGAGUUAUGAACACUCUUAUUAAAGUCGGAAUAGCUGCUUUAGUGGGUAUUGGCACUCAUUUAAUCACAAAAGCUAUUGAUAAGCAUCUUGAAUAACAAAAGGUUACUGCUGUUGAGGAGAAAAAAGAGGAUGACAACUUGAAAUUCGAUUACAAACUCAAUAAAAGCGAAAAUUUAAUGACCACAAGUGAAUCAAAUUAUGAUGAAAACGGAGAAUGCUUGAAUUCUUUUCUUUGCCCCAUUACGCAAUAGAUAAUGAAAGAACCAGUAAUGACAAAAUAUGGACAUUGCUUUGAAAAAUCUGCUAUUUUGGAUUGGAUUGAGAGACAAGGAAAGUGUCCACUCACCUAAUAACCCUUAACUAAAUAGGAUCUAUUUCCAAAUUAUGCAAUAAAGGGUGCUAUAGAAGAAUACAUGCAAAAGUAAAAACAAUUACUAGAAAAAAAACAAUUAUGA